AUGGCGCCCUCCAGCCUGCUGUGGGCACUGGUGGCCUUCACCUGCUCUGGCUCCAGUGUGGCCCAAAAAGUUACCCAAGACCAGCCAGUUAUAACCAAGCAAGAGGGGUCAACAGUCACGCUCAACUGUCGGUAUGAAACAAGUUUGGGUACUUACUAUCUUUACUGGUACAAGGAGCUUCCUGAUGGAAAGCUCACUUACCUUAUUCACCAGCCUUCUUCUGCCAAAAAUGCACAAAGUGGUCGCUAUUUUAUACAUUUGAAGAAAGCAGACAAAUCUAUCUCAUUCAUCAUUAAACGCUUACAACUGGAUGAUUCGGCAAAGUAUUUCUGUGGUCUUCAGGAACGCACAGUGCUUGAGAAACGAUCAGCCAUGGACUCUGACGAGGGAGGAGACCACGUGGGCCGUGGGAUUAAGUGUGACACCAGCGCCACUCGGGCACAUGUGGUCUGCCAGGUGCUCCCCACUUGUGCAGCAAGCAAAAGCCCUGAGACCCGGACCUUCUCAGAGGAUAGAUCUGGUGUGGCCCAGAAAGUAGUUCAAGACGAGCCAACUACAGUCCAACAAAAAGGGUUCCAAGUCACCCUGAAGUGUCGGUAUGAAGUACCUUGGAGUUGGAGUACAUACUACCUGUACUGGUACAAGCAGCUUCCCGAUGGGAAGAUGACUAAUGUUAUUCGUCAGUAUUCUUCUGAUAACAAUGCGGUAAAGGGCCGCUUUUCUGUAAAACUCCAGAAAGCAGACUACACCUUUCCCCUCACCAUUAAAUCCUUACAACUGGAAGAUUCGGCAAUGUAUUUCUGUGCUCUCAGUGAUACACUGUGUUUGAAAUGA